AGGAGAUACCAACAAACCCAAAGGGUACGUACCAUCUGCCACAAUUGACCUUGUCCUCAGGUUGCCAUGGCACAAAGGCAAACAACAGAGACAUUAGUAGAAAUACCUCGCCCGCCCACGACUGAUGAUUGAAGUGGUUAGCAGAUAUUUCCCUAGCUGAUGCAGGAAGUACAACUUAUUUGUACUGAUUCCCCAGAGCCCAUCUUGCCAACUUCUUUGACCACCCUCUGCGUUGAACUUUACUCAAAAAUCCCACCAAGUCACCGCACAGCAUCAUGUCUUCAGAAACACGUGUGCAAAUCUCUCGCGAGAGCCUAGCAGCGCCAGGCUCUGAAGCGGCAAGAAUUGAGAAUGUCAAGCAUCUUGCGUCUUACAGCUGGAUCGAGUCGCCAGUUCCUACUAUCGCUGUCCCUGGCAUUCCGCCGCGUUGGGCACCUCCCACAGUUCCUUUCCGACUUCCAAAAGACUCUGGCCUUGUUUAUAUUGCUCAGAAUGCUGCACGUCACCCGGAAAGUCCACUUGAGCCGCUGUUUCGUUCUCUCUAUGUGACCAAUCCUGGAUUCGACAUCCGCCCCGUUGACAUCAUCACCGACAGAAACAACAUCCGCAAGCUUCUAAGCUUCAUCAAUCCUUCCUCUAGUCGAAACCGUCUCGAAGUAUUUACCAUCAUCGCUGAGGUGGUUGAUGGUACAAUGCUCAUGUGUCGAACUGAGACCAAGACCUCUGAGAUCAUAGCACCCCACGAGUUCAAAGGUUACGGCCAUGAAUUUGAAAAGGCUUACACUCGCCGCCAACUGAAGGGUAGCACAGGAUACCACCGCAUUAUCUCGUAUCACUUCGGAGGGCUCAAUUUCGUCCUUCGUCACGAGGUUGAUGGUUACGUAUCGCAAUCAGAGACUUCCAAAGUGAUCCAGAAGGAAGCAGAGACCGACGGACUUUCCGGACUGCUAGGGUCACUAUCACUUUCAGCAGUCAAUACGACAUCUCCUCAACCUCGUAGUUCGACUCCAUCAGAAUCGAAAAUGAUCAUUCGAGAAGAAGGUAUCGUGGUGCCAAUCGAUUCUACUUUAGAGAUCAAAACAUGCACCAGCCGCAGGCGACUACAUAUCCGAGAGAUAGCUCCCCAGCUCUGGGUCUCGCAGACACCUAAACUCGUACGAGCAUACCACAGUCGUGGUCUAUUCCAAGAUGCAAAGGUCGAGGAUGUGGCAAAGGAAAUAAAGACUUGGGAACUCGCCAAUCAGGAAAAUCUGAGAAAACUCGUUGCAUUGGUCAAAGCAAUCUUCGACGCGGUGAAAGCAUGGGGUGGGAAGGCAAUCAUCAGAUAUGACGAAGGCUCUGACAGCAUCAUUGUCACAUCGGAAGUCUCUGCAGAACGACUUCUGCCCGAGGAUCUUUACCUCAAAUGGGAUGAUAAUGAAGAAAAGACGGCGGCAGACCAGACGGAAGUGUCUGCGUCUAGUUGAAACAAGAUUGUGGGAGGAGCAUCCGAGGCGAUGAUCGAGGCUAAUACUGGCGAAGCCGAGAGUUGUCACCAACCACUUGUGAUAAUUCGGGUGCGCAAUAGUCAAGAAUGACGGAAAUUUUAGCAGAUCCCUCAAACUGACAAGACACUGUCAUGAUGCCAAAAGACGCAAGGACUACGAUGAAGACACGUAUGUAUGUAGCCCUAGCUCAGUAACAUGACCUGAACACAACUGAGCCAGACGAGAUAUGCUAUGUGAAUUCUCGUAUCCCUAAUGACAUAUAUGUUCCAGGUCAACUCAAGGCUGUAGGAGUGCUUGACUAACCAUUUUCUUCUUGGCGCUGGUAGCUUGACUUGACUCUAUAUGCAACUGGUUUACCAGUCAGGCAUAUUCGUCUCAAGGUGUGGUGUCAACUCUCUCACUAAACAAGCGAUCCGGCUUAUUUCUCGAGGCCUGAUCUCUACUAGAACAAGGGAUGGGAACUUGUAUCAAUUACACCUCACAUCGCAAGUAUUCUUCUACAUAACUCAAUGGGAUAGUCGGCG